CCGCCUGCCAUGUGAAGCGGUGCAGUUGGCUCGUUGGUGCAGUGUGAAAGUGGUCAUGGCUGCUUCACUGAUCUGUUGAAGCGUCCAUAUAUGUUUUGCGUUGGCAUUUAAACAAAGUUAUUACACUGCCAUUAUCUGCAGAGAAACUCAAUUGACAGAAGUAUCAUCUACAUAUAAAGAUGGAGUUUAUCUCAGCCCGAAUGGGUGCGGAGGACGGAUGGGGAGGGAGGGAAGGUCAGCCCGAGGGGAAGACGAGCCAGAAAGGUCGGCCCGAGGGGAAGACGAGCCAGAAAGGUCGGCCCGACACACCGCGUCGCCUCGAGAUCGUCACCGUCGGUCCCAGGGCGGCCAGCACCGCGUCUCGGCCGCCCAAAUCGGGAUCCCUUCCGGCUCUCAAUCUUAGCGACAAAGAAACCCACACAUGUGGCCGAAGAGAAGACUACGAAGAGAAAUGCUGCAAGGGGCCGGAGUGGAGCUGGGAGGACCAGCUUCUGAAGACGCGAGAGGGACCCGCAGGAAAGAAGAAACGCGGGAAAACCAUCCUGUGGAGGCCUGGCAGCGGCCGCCAUGUCGACGAGGGACCUGAUUCGUACCGCCCUUUCACUCACGUAGUCAGAGUUCUCCACCUCUCCGAGGCCCUCGACACCUGCCUCAACCGGAGGAUGAAGCCAAAGAAAUUGCAGACGUUUAGCAGCAUCGACUCCCGCGAGCUGCCCGCGAACCACCCCUGCGCCAACUUGAAAGUGCUUUGGUUCGGCGCCGAGACCCAGGAGGAGGAGGAGCCCUCCAACUGGUACGGCAACGUGGAGUUCGCCUUGGACGCGCAGAUUCUGCUGACUCAGUGGAAGUACUGCUUCUGGGUGGAAAUGAUGACGGCGCCGACGCACACUGCUUCGCGUCUGCUGCUCACCAACAAGGACUACUCGUCAGUGCUGCCCAGGUAUUACAGCAGCCACGCAGGUGGGCCGUGGCAGGCGACGCCCGAGGGGCACAAGGGGCUCGUCCAGUGCUCGCGGUACCGCUUCAAGGGCACCAACGUCCACGACCACGCGUUGGAGUUUAUGAUCGAGGCCACUCCGGAGGACGAGAAGGCCAUCCUGGCGGCCUGUCAGAUAUCCUUCAAGAACCACGACAGAGCCAGACGCAUGGACAUCCCACACGUGUGCAACCGGUACCAGAGGCUGGGAACACCGUGCCCCUCGCCCUUCUCCGCAAGCCAGACUGCACGAGCCUUCUUCAAAUACAUCCAACAGAGCGGCAUGCCCUGGAGCAAUUUACCGGGAAGGCUCUCCCAAGAGGCUCAGAAGCAACUGGAAUUCUUCAACGAAGACGAAAGAAGGAUCGCCAUGCAGAAGCAUUUUGUUUCAUCUCGGGCGUAUGCUCAGCAACAGCUUUACCUUCAGAAUCCGAUGUAUUAUUUUUAGUGUACCUGUGAUUUUGAUUGAUGUUUUUGAGAGUUUUAUUUUAUAUUACCACAUUAUAAGAAUAUAUUGUCCGUGAACUGUUUGAUGCUGUUUAUGUAUUUUGUUUUACUAGAUAAAGACGUGUGUAAAUGCUAGUGCGGCUGCCGAAGUACGCCUAUAUUGGGUGUCGGAUACCACUGCAUAAUAUUCGCUUAAGGUUUAUUUAAUUACGGUCAAACCUGUAAUUCAAUACAUUGGCGUUACAUCUAAUGAAACAAUUCCUAUGAUAUCGACAAAAAACAUGAUGUUACAUAUAUCUAUUACAUAAAUAAAAUUAUUCAAAGCAAUCGAAAGACAACGUAUAUUAGGUUACGUAAUAAAGAACCUCCUCCAGGUAUUAGAGACAAGCAUUGCGGGAACAAUCAGGCAAUCAGCUUACCGGUCUGAUGCCAGAAUGUUGUGGGCGUCUCGACGGCACAAAACUUCCUCUCGAACUGCGCCCACACUUCAAACAUACACAGGCUGCAACAAGCAACAUUCUACCAAGGUCUAUAUAAGUACUUAUGUAGACCUUGUAUUCUACUUAAUGUGUGAAACGUGAGCUAGGUCGCGAUCUCAUCUCACAGCAUCAGUCAUAUACAUGUGUGAUAUACUAGCGGCUAUACUAAUCAUGAGACCAAUGUGAUAUAAUGAUUUUUUU